AUGGAACGCACUCAAAAAUAUCUUAAUUUUCGUAAUUUUUAUAAUACGCACUUCUUGACAAAUAGAAAUUUUUUUGAGCAUGCGCUUAAUCCCACACCUUCGCAUUUAUGGAACAUAAAUGAUGUCAUAGAACAAGAGCCUGCUGACAGUAAUGAAAUGAAAGAAGAGGUGGAAGAACAUUAUACGAAGGAAGAGAAUGAAUAUCAUCAAGAUCAAGACGAAUAUUAUCAAGCUGAUGAACAUUAUCAAGAAGAGGAUAAAAUUGAGUUUGUAUUGAGUGAAGAAGCAAUUGCAAUGUUUCGUUUUUCUGAGUUAAGGAGGUUAGAUUUAGAAAAUGCUACAAAAUCUAACUCUGAAACUGCAUCAACUUUGAAUUAUCUAGUUGCUGAUGACGACUCAUCACAAACUAUAUAUUCAACUUCUGAACCAGACCCUUCUUUAAUAUCUACGAUUAAUACUUCCGACAUAAGAAAAUUAUAUGGUGAUUCAUCUAACACUAUUUUAAUUUUGGAAGGGAUUGUCAAUAACGAUUUUGUUCAAUCAUUUCAAACCCAUGAUGACAAUCACGAAGUUGUAUAUUGGCCUGUAAUACCUCUCCGAUUUACUUGA